UCUCGUGUCCUUCAUGGUUCGAGCUGCUUUUGUAUCUCAAUUGAAGUGAAGUUAUGAAAAAUUUAAACAAAUCGAUAUGUUUUGAAGUAAUGAAAUUCCUGUAAAUAUUGUGUGUUGCAGGACGUGAAGAUUGCAUCUUCCUGAGUUCUGUUUCAAGUUUUAAUGCACGACAUUACGAUGUUUUUUCACAAAUUUUUAUUCAUUUUUUAAGCGGUUCUCCAUAUUUCAAUGGAAGAUUACAAGUUUUUAUUCAAAGUUGUACUUGUUGGUAAUGCUGGAGUGGGCAAAACAUGUUUAGUCAGAAGAUUUACACAAGGAUUGUUUCCUCCAGGCCAAGGAGCAACUAUAGGUGUUGAUUUUUUAAUUAAAACUGUUGAAAUCGAUGGUGAAAAAGUUAAGCUUCAGAUCUGGGACACAGCUGGACAGGAGCGAUUUCGUUCAAUAACACAAAGUUAUUAUCGCAGUGCUCAUGCACUUGUUCUUGUGUAUGAUAUCAGCGCUCAAUCUACAUUUAAGUCCUUGCCAAUGUGGAUAAAAGAAAUUGAACAGUAUGCAAAUCCUAAAGUUUUAAGAGCUCUUGUUGGCAACAAAGUUGAUAGAGAAGAUCGUGCUGUUCCAUCAUAUGAAGGGGAAGAAUUUUCACGGCAGAACAAUAUGUUUUUUAUUGAAACAUCUGCGAAAGAAGCAGAAAAUGUAGAAAAACUUUUCACUGAGAUAGCCAUAAAACUUACACGAGAAGCUAAAAUUAGCAGUCAGCGAUAUAAUGGCAGAUCUCAUCUUGAUUCAAUUCCAGGCUAUAUAGACUCCAUUGAAAGUCAUGAUCACAAUUGUUGUAAAUUUUCUUGAACAAGUGAUACUUUAUUUUAUACUGCAUUUUACUGUGUAACUUAUUUGGUUUUGUAUUUUUAACAAAAAAGCGUAUUAUUUAUUAUCAUAUUUGUUGAGAUAUAAAUUCAUAGUCAUUUAUGUUUGUUUACUAGAGCUUAAUAUCAUAUGUUUGUUUACUUCAAAGAAAGAAGGGAAACUAAGGAAGGUUUAAAAACAUGUUUUUAUUGUUACUGCUGAAUGAAUUAGGCUUUUCAUAUAUAAAGUAUAUAUUAGGAAGAUUAAUCUGAUCCAUCUUAGAUGUUUUAGAAAAAGAAGAACUAAUGUAAUUUGAACUCUGCCAAAUCUUCUGUAAAAUAAUUUAAUAUUUUUACAGGUUUGUGUAUUCAUAGUAUAUUUUGUCUCUGAAUGUAUCUGUUGAAAUUUACAAACAUUUUUUAACUGCAAAGUUAAACAUUACAUAUUUAUUUAAGGUACCAUAUUUUAAUUUCUUUAAAUAGAUAAGAGUUUGAAAAAUACCAAAGUAAAUGCACAACUGGAAAUAAUUUAUAUUCAUUUUUCGAUUUAUACAUAUAAAACUAGUUUGAUAGUCUAAAACUUCAUUCCAUUCAUGUUCAAUAUUAAAAGUGUCUAUUUAUGGCAUGACUGUGCUUGCAUGUAUAUUUAUUUAAAAUCAUAAAGUUCAUAUAUAUAAUUUUUUUUUCUUCAUUGAAGUUUGAAAACUAAAGAAAUUAUGAUGAGCAUAAAUUUAAAAAAAAUAUAUAUUUGUGUGCAUUUUUAGAGAAGAAUGAUAAAUUUAUAUAAUGCACACAUGCUGUGUUUUUACUUAUGUAUAUGUAUUAUUUUACAAAUUUCAAUUAUGUCUGAUAAUUUCUGUUUGUAAGCUAAGUUAAAAAAAGCUUAAAUUUGAAGCUCUACUGUGAACAGAAACAGGAAAUAUGGUUUAAAUUAUAAAAUGGCUUUAAAUUCUUCCAGUCAGUGAAAAAUAGCCCUGCUAAUUAUCAUUAAUAUGAAGUUUGAUAUAGCUGCUCACUUUUUUUUUUUUUUCAGUGGU